AUGCCUUGUUUGUGGCCUUGUGGUUGCUUACAGAGAGCUCAUAGCCAGCCAUAUUUUGGAUGGUCUUAUGGUUUGGUUAUGCUGCUGCUUGUGUUAGCACAAAACUGCUUUGGUAGAGUCCAUAAAGGGUCAGCCAUAUGUGAGAAGUACGACCGCAAACAGUGUUUGGAUGGGACAGGUUCCUGCACGACCACACUUGAAGAAUGUGCUAAUGUCACCACCGCAAAUAAUGACCCCUUGGAUGAGCCACACAACCACAUGCUCUGUUUUGCCACGUGGAUUGUGAUCAACAACACCGAACAGCAGUUGAUCAAAAAAGGAUGUUGGAUGAACGAUAACAAGUGCUAUGGACAGAGGGAGUGUGUUGAAGAUAAGUACAGCGCACCUGCGUUCUUCUGUUGCUGUGAUGGCGAUCUCUGCAACAAAGAAUACCACCACCGCCCCGCUGGAGACCAUCAGGCUGGCAGUAGCCCUAAAGAAGCUAGCAGCUUGCCGGAGCCAGGCGGUGUGGUGCGCCGGUCUGCGGAUCAGCAGUUGAUGAAGACAUUGCUGUACUCUCUUGUUCCAAUCAUUGGAGGUGGGGUUCUGGUGGUGACCCUGUUCUUCAUGUGGCGCAGACAUCAGCAUCAUAUGGGUCAUAUUCAGCUGCCAACAGUGGACCCCAGUCUGGCACCCACUCCCUCCCAGUCUUCCCUGAAUUUACAGCUUCUGGAGUUGCGGGCUAGGGGUCGCUAUGGAUCACUGUGGAAGGCUCAAUUGUCUGAUCAGGACAGCUGUAAAGAUUUGAUCACUUCUGAGAAUCCAGUGAUCCCUAGCGCUCUGAAGCAUGUGGCUGUAAAAGUAUUUCCCCUGCAGGACAAGCAGUCAUGGAUGGCUGAGGUUGACAUCUACAGACUGUCUCACAUGAAGCAUGACAAUAUUCUCCGCUUCAUCGCCUCCGAGAGGAAGGAGGAGACACAUGUUACCGAGUUUUGGCUGAUUACAGAAUUUCAUGAAAAUGGGUCUCUGUCUGAUUACCUGAAGAGCCAUACAAUCACCUGGGCGGAGUUGUGCAAGAUUGGGGAGUCCAUGACGUGUGGACUGGCUUACCUUCACAAUGAAAUCCCAGGAACUUAUGGAUCCAUGGCCAACUUGGCCAUUGCUCAUCGGGACUUUAAGAGCAAGAAUGUCCUCCUCAAGCAUGACCUCACAGCCUGCAUAGCAGAUUUUGGACUAGCUCUUAAAUUUGAGCCUGGAAAGAUGUUUAAUGAGACUCAUCCACAGGUUGGCACCCGCCGAUACAUGGCCCCGGAAGUUCUGGAAGGAGCCAUCUGCUUCAGCCUGGAUUCCUUCUUGCGUAUUGAUAUGUAUGCAUGUGGUUUGGUCCUCUGGGAGAUGAUGACCCGGUGCACAGCUGUUAAUGAAUAUGCAGAAAUCUACCGCCUACCGUUUGAAGCAGAAGUGGGUCUACAGCCAACCCUAGAAGAGAUGCAGACACUGGUGGUCACUCAGAAAGUCCGGCCAGCCAUAAAUCCGGCCUGGCACCAGCAUCAGGGACUGUGCAGCCUCAUAUCAACAGUUGAAGAAUGCUGGGACCAGGAUGCUGAGGCCCGCCUCUCAGCAGGGUGUGUCAAUGAACGUAUUCGACAGCUGGCCUGUACAGUCAACUCUGCGAUCGGCAGACAUCUCAAUGGCCAAAUCCUUCCAACAGCUGUAUUGUCACUGCAGCUUCCUCAGAUCAACAUAACUUCCUCAUGUGUGCCUAACUCCACUACCAUCAACAUGAGUGGGCCAAAGGACACAUACUUUACUCUACCUAAUGAUCCCAGCUCUUGCUGA